AUGAAGAUAUACUUCUUAAGCGUCUUUGUGAUUCUGGCAACUUGGGUGCUAGCUGAAAACGAGAAUUGUGAUCCAGAGACGAUCGAUAAUGAUGCUCUAAGAUUAGGUGUUGCGUUCGAACAAGCUGAUAUAGUAAAUGAGAUCUUGCCCGAAGCGCCUUCGACUAUAUUGAAGAUAUCAUUUGAAACAGCUGAAGUCGUACUAGGAAACUGUAUCUAUACAGUUAGAACUGUAGUGCCUCCUAAAGUUAAAUAUGAAGGCGAUCCACAAUGCAACUAUACCCUUGCCUUUUGGAAUUUGGACGUGCCAUCUCGAGUGGCGCCAGUUUUAAGUUCCUACCUCAUGUAUUUGGCUGUGAACAUCAACGGAACUAGUAUAGACAUGGACAGUGGAGACGAAAUAGCCUCCUGGAUCAAUGCCAGCCCCACGGUGGGGUCUGGGAAACAUCGAUGCUUAGCGGUGGUCCACCCUCAACCUGGAUAUAUUAAUCCUAUGAAUCGCACUCUUAUCGAUCUGGCCGUUUUUAGACUGAAUCUCAACCAGCCAGAGCUGGCCACCAACUUCUCUCUCGGAGCGCCAGUAGCUGGCAAUUUCUGGCAGGCGACCAUCUUUACCGAAGAAGACAAAUAUUGGAAAUUGGAUCAGACUGGUUAUUGCAAUUUGGAUCACUCUGAGUAUUGCCAAUCGGAUCACACUAGAUGUUGCCAAUCGGAUCACCCUGAAUGUAGUGAAUUGGAUCACACUGAAAGCUGUGCUAGUCCUUGUAGCAUGGAGGAUUGCAAAUAA